UGGAUAAACACAAUGUGGUGCAUCCAUAAAAUGAAAUCCGUUAAGCCCAUCAGAAGCAAAAAAUUAAUGAUCUAUAUGCAACACUAUGGGGUAAAAAUCCUAAAAGCAUGAAGGUAAGUGAAAGAAGCCACGAAAAAAAAUGAUAACCUGUAAGACCCCCACAUAUGAAUUCCAGAAAAUACAAAAUUAUAGUUUUGUACAUUGGCUGCACUCACAAGGUGACAGCUUUAUGAGCUCCUACAAGAAAAGAUAUGCAAGGCAUUUUUUUUAAAUAUAUAAAUUUAUUUAGUUAGUUAGUUGGUUGCGUGAGUUGUGGCUCUUGGACUCUAGAGCGCAGGCUCAGUAGUUGUGGCACAGGGGCUUCGUUGCUCAGAGGUAGGUGGGAUGUUCCCGGACCAGGGCUCGAACCCGUGUGCCCUGCGUUGGCAGGAGGAUUCCUAACGAUUGCGCCACCAGGGAAGUCCUGUCGGACAUUUUUAACUGAAGGCUUUCCGCAGUGGCUGCCCGAGUUGAACCUCUCUCUGGUGUUGAACUUGCCGCUGCAGACUUCAGUGGUCGGAGAUAUGACUGAAGGCCUUUCCACACGCUUUACACACACAAGAUUUUGCCCCAUCAAGAAUUCCUCAGUGGUAAAGAAGGGUUGCUUCUCCUCGACGGCCCUUCUGUAAAGUCAUGCAUGAAUAGGGCGAGUUUUCAGCGUCCGUUCUCAUGAGGUUCUGCAAAAGGGAUUGUUGAGGUCCCAGGUGCUGGAGACAGGUACGCACUGAGCAGUGCAGCACAGGCUCUGGGACAUCCACACCUCUGCCCACGUCCAACCACUGAUCUUCCCGACACCUCCUCCUCCUGCCGAGUCUCCUGGACCUUGGUCCCCAGCUGCUCAACGUCAAAGGCAACGAAUCCACGGCGGCCGAGGGCACCGACCGGCUUUUGCAUUGACCCCGGGGAGGGGGAGGGGACGCCCCCGUGCGGUGCGGCCCCAUUACGGCCAGGGACUCCGGGGCUCGAGGAGGCAGGACUCUCGCCGCGGUCACAGUGCGCACAGGGCGUGGUGGGACCAACCCGACUCUCGUGCCGUCCCUGCGGGUUCGGGGAGCCUCCUGGACGUCGUCCCCCGCCCGACUACCAGCUGUUUUCGCCAAAUAACGAUCUGCCCAAAUAAGCGGUGGAAGUCCCGCCCAUCGGCCCUCCCAGAAACGCCAAUCUCCUGGGCUCUCAUUGGCCAGGGCCGGGACGGUAGGCGCAGUGUCUUCUGGGUAACGUAGUUCCCGCCGCAGGGCUCGCGAGCCGGCUAGGCUGAGUUCUGUGGAGGUUUCAGCGCUAGGGAGAGGCCUUUCCUGAGGCGCUCUGUCCCAACUGUGGGACGAACUGCCUCGCACGGAGGUGUCCGGCGGGGCUGCACACCCACCCUCUGUCCCCCUGGGCCUUGUGGGCAUUUUACACAGGAGGGGUCGGUGACUGAGGCCCGGACUGCCACUGUCAGCCCGCGGCCUCCCAUCCCUCGGCAGGGGUCUCCGCCUUUCUUUCUGGGUCCGACGGCGGCGGUGAUGAUGGACCUGGCGCAGGCCCUGGUGACCUUUGAGGAUGUGGCUGUGUAUUUCUCCCGAGAGGAGUGGGGGCUCCUUAAUUUGACCCAGAGGAGCCUGUACCGUGAUGUUAUGCUGGAGAACUUCGCGCUCAUUGGCUCACUGGGUUUUCUGUGUAGACUGCGGGAUGAGGAAGCCCCUCCCGAGCAGGUGAAGAGCCACAGAGUCCGCCUGUCAGAGAACCCCUUUCUGUGCGGGGUGUCUGGGAAGGACAUCCCUGCCGCCUUAGGCUUCCUCCAGUCCCAGGCCACCCACAGAGAGGGGACACCACGCAGAAGCACCGAGUGCAAGGCCUUCCCACCCAGCUCCACUUGCCAGCAACAGCAGGGAGCCCACGCCACACAGAAGCCCUUCAAGUGCAGUGACUGUGGGCAAGCCUUCCUGAAGGCCUUCGCGCUCCUCGACCACCUGAUCACUCACGCCAAAGAGAGACCCUUCAGGUGCCUAGCAGGUGGAAAUGCCCCCAAGGAGAGCUCAACCCUGGUUCAUCACCGAAAAACUCACACUGGUGAAACAUCCCAUGUGUGUAGUGAGUGUGGGAAGGCCUUCAGUUACCCAUCUAAACUGAGGAAGCACCAGAAGGUUCAUACUGGCAUAAAACCUUUCAAGUGUGGUGAGUGCGGGAAAACCUUCAACCGCAAAGAUGCACUUGUUCUGCACCAGAGAAUUCACACUGGAGAGAGGCCUUACCAGUGCAGCGAGUGUGGGAAGUCCUUCAGCGUUCUGUCUACCCUCAUUCGGCACCGGAAAGUUCACAUUGGAGAAAGGCCCUAUGAGUGCAGGGAAUGUGGGAAAUUCUUCAAAUACAACCAUAGCUUCAUUCUUCACCAGAGAGUUCACACUGGAGAGAGGCCCUAUGAGUGCAGUGAAUGUGGGAAAACUUACGUGACCCGCUCUGGGCUGUAUCAGCACUGGAAAGUCCACACUGGAGAACGUCCCUACGAGUGCACCCUGUGUGGGAAAACCUUCACUACCAGGUCCUACCGGAAUCGGCACCAGCAGUUCCACACUGAAGAGAGGGCUUAUGAAUGUACAGAAUGUGGGAAAGCCUUUAAACAUAGUUCUUCCCUCCUUCAGCACAAGAAAGUCCACACUGGAGAAAGGCCAUAGGAGGACGGGGAUGUGGGAAAACCUUUAGCCAUGGCUGGCACCUUGUUCAACAUGAAAGGUCUCACACCAGAAAGGAGAUUGAGGAGAGUAGCCAUUUGAAAGCUAAACAUGUCACACCCCAGCACCCACACUGGGCUGGUGCCAGGUACGUGGGAAGCGUUCAGGAGCUGUGUUGCACUCUCACCUGCCGAGGCUGUUGGCAGUGUUGAGUCACUGCCAGUUUCUGUGACAGACGCCAUCCCACUUCUCCCAACUGGCAGGUCCCUGUGGUGUGCAUCAGUCACUGUGUGUGCUCAGGGAAGCUGACCUCUGUGUUCCCCGCUUGAUAAAGGAGAGAAUCAUGAGUGGUGGAGCCCAUAAUGGGUCUUAUUCCCUCCCCCUCCAACUGCUUUAGGUGUGGACAUGACCUAGUUCUGGCCAAGAGUAGCUGAGCAGUGUCUGCUGGGGGCUUCCAGGGAAGGUUAACCAUUUUCAUGGACACUGUUGACACUACAUUUGGUCCCUGUCAUGCACUUAUCCAACCCUGGAACUGGCUCACACUGCUUUGGAAUGUCUGAUAAUAAAGGUCUUUUUGUUUAAACCACCCUUAAUCUUUGGGAUCUCUGUGUG